GCUAUCAAUACCAAUGUUUUCGGUGGUUUUCUGCAUCGGAGGUGUUCUGGUUAUCAUCAUCACUCACUGGCUUUAUACUUGGUGGAAUCUCAGGUGCAGUGGAGUCCUCCCGCCAGGUUCAAUGGGCUGCCCAUUCCUUGGGGAGACUCUUCAGUUCUUUGCUCCGAGCAACUCUUUUGAUAUUCUACCUUUUGUGAAGAAGAGGAUCCAAAGAUAUGGUCCUAUUUUCAAGACAAGUUUAGUGGGACGACAAGUCAUAGUAUCCACUGAUGCAGAUCUUAAUUACUUCAUCUUUCAACAAGAGGGACAGUUAUUCCAAAGCUGGUAUCCAGAUAGCUUCACAGAAAUAUUUGGGAGGCAAAAUGUAGGUUCUGUGCAUGGGUUCAUGUACAAGUACCUUAAGAACAUGGUGCUGAAUUUGUUUGGUCCAGAGAGCCUAAAAAAGAUGCUUCCAGAGGUUGAACAAGUAUCAAAGCAGAACAUAAGAAGGUGGUCAAGCCACACUUCUGUUGAAAUGAAGGAAGCAACUGCACAGAUGAUAUUUGACUUCACUGCAAAAAAGUUAAUUAGUUAUGAUUCAGAAAAAUCCUCCGAUAAUCUGAGGGAAAGUUUUGUAGCUUUCAUACAGGGCUUAAUCUCUUUCCCAUUGAACAUUCCAGGAACAGCCUACAGCAAAUGCUUACAGGGAAGAAAGAAGGCAAUGAAGAUGCUGAAAACCAUGCUACAGCAGAGGCGGGAAAGGCCACGAAAAAUAGGAACUGAUUUCUUUGAUUAUGUGUUGGAAGAACUUCAGCGAGAGGAUACAUUACUCAAGGAGGCAAUUGCUCUGGAUUUGAUGUUCGUGUUACUCUUUGCCAGCUUUGAAACUACCUCCUUGGCACUCAUUCUCGCAAUCAAGUUUCUAGUAGACCAUCCCCUGGCAAUAAAAGAACUAACCGAAGAACACGAGGCAAUUAUUAGAAGAAGAGAGAAUCCUGAUUCUAGACUGACAUGGGAGGAGUACAAAUCAAUGAAAUUCACAUUUCAGUUUAUCCAUGAAACAGUCAGAUUGGCAAAUAUAGUUCCUGGAAUUUUCAGAAAAGCAUUGAGGGAUACCAAAUUUAAAGGAUAUACCAUUCCAGCUGGUUGGGCGGUGAUGGUAUGUCCUCCAGCUGUGCACUUGAAUCCCGCCAGACAUACAAAUCCCCUUGAAUUCAAUCCUUGGAGAUGGGAGGGAGUAGACACAAAUGCCGCAUCAAGAAACUUCAUGGCCUUUGGAGGUGGUAUGAGGUUCUGUGUUGGAACAGAUUUCAGUAAGGUCCAAAUGGCUGUCUUUCUUCAUUGCUUGGUAACCAAGUACAAGUGGGAAGCAAUCAAAGGAGGAGACAUUCUUCGGACUCCUGGUUUACAAUUUCCUAAUGGUUAUCACAUUCAUAUCUCUGAAAAAGAGAAGUACAAGCAAGAAAGUCAGACAAGAAUACUGUCCGCAACUCAUUUGGGUUGCUAAAGGCGUGAUGAAAUCAGCACUCUAGUUCAGCCUC